GGCUGGUUUGAAUGUACCUCAGGAGCUGGCAGCGCAACGACAUGGCACAAAAUAGAAUGUAUUUUUAUUGUAUUUAUUGCUGAUAAUUGUAAUGUAAAUAGACCAACACGCGAAACGAAUCAGGGUGAUUCGAGGGUUUAUGUGUGAGGAGAGGAUGCUUUCCCUCUGCUAGUUAAAUAGGCUUCCGGAUCUAUUAGCCUAGCUAGCUAGCUCUGCUUUGCGGUGAUAAUAACACCCCAGUCAUGGUUUUAAUGAUGGAAUCGCAGUGCGAGUAUUUUAUGUAUUUCCCCGCCGUGCCCAUUUCUGACCUGUCAGACCCGGCCCGGUACCGCACCCUCCCGCGCCGCAGCCAUCUGUACCUGGGCGAGACGGUUCGCUUCCUGCUGGUGCUGCGCGCGCAGAGCGGCUCGGGCUCCGGGUGCAGUGAGGAGCGCACGGGCCGCGGCUGGCGGGAACUGGCCGCGUCUCUGCGCGCGCUCGCCAGCGUAUGUCCGGGUGAAAGCAGGGCGCGGGGGAUUGAUCGUUCCGGGGAAGAUGGAGCCGAGGAGGAGAGUGAUGAAGAUGAUGGAGCGACGAGCUGCUCAGGCAGAGGAGCCACGACAUACCGGGGAUUCAGGGAGUGUAAGCCGCUUCUCAUUCACAACAACCCCGGUAACGGCGCAAGAGAAUUCCGCAGAGCUCCUGUGCAGUCACCUGUGGAUGAGCCAGUGGUUCUGAAUGAUGAAGUCAUCUUUCCCCUGACUGUGUCCUUGGAUAAACUCCCUGUCAACACACUCAAAGUGAAGAUCAUAGUGACUGUAUGGAAGCAGGAGGAGGAGAAGGCUGAGAUCCAGGAACAUGGCUACCUCAGCAUUCUUCAGCAGAAGAGCCCUUGCCAAACUUUCCGCCAGGACCUUAACACUUUUAAAGCCCAAGUCAGCACCACUCUUAACGUCCUUCCUCCACCCACAGUGAAGUGUCAGCAGAUGACUGUGUCUGGGAAACACUUAACUGUACUUAAAGUGUUAAAUGGUAGCUCUCAGGAGGAAGUGUGUGUACAUGAUGUCCGAAUCCUGCCCAACUUCAAUGCCUCUUAUUUACCCAUGAUGCCUGAUGGCUCCGUGCUGCUGGUCGACAAUGUGUGCCAUCAGUCAGGUGAGGUUGCCAUGGCGUCCUUCUACCGGAUGGACAGUGAGUCUAGUCACCUUCCCAGCAUGCUCAGCGCACUGGAGCAGCAGAACUUUCUGUUUCAACUGCAGCUUAGCGACCAGGCCCAAGAUGAUUCUAAUGAGGGUCUUGAGGUGCCUCUGAUAGCAGUCCUCCAGUGGUCCACUCCUAAGCUGCCAUUCACCAGCUCUAUCUACACACACUACAGUGUGCCUAGCAUCAGACUGGACCGGCCUCACUUCAUCAUGACCGCGAGCUGCCCCAGUGCUGUAAGGGCUCAUGAGCACUUCAGAGUGCGCUACACGCUCCUCAACAACCUGCAGGACUUCCUGGCUGUACGGCUCGUCUGGACACCAGAGGGCCGUGGACAGAAGGAAGACCCGGCAGUAAAUGCAGUAGUAUGUCAUUCUCCUCUAAGUAACCUUGGUUACUGUCGCAAAGGCAGCACUCUCUCUGUGUCUGUGGCUUUCCAGAUCCUCAAAGCUGGCCUCUUUGAGCUGAGUCAGCACAUGAAACUAAAGCUGCAGUUUACAGCAUCAGUGUCAAACCCUCCCCCUGAAGCUCGUCCUCUCUCGCGUAAGAACAGUCCGUCCAGUCCUGCUGUUCGAGACAUACUUGACCGACACCAGGCCAGCUUAAGUCUGGGCCGCUCACAAUCCUUCUCCCAUCAGCAGCCCUCCAAAUCCCACCUCACCAGGACAGGCAGUGUUAUGGAACGACGUGCAAUCACUCCUCCUGUCGGCUCUCCUGUCGGUCGGCCACUCUACCUCCCCCCAGAGCGGAGCAUUUUAUCGCUUGACAAGAUCGCCAAACGCGAGUGCAAAGUACUGGUACUGGAGUCACACAGCUAACUGUAUACAUACACACACACACACUGGGAAUUAUAGGAGGUGUCACACUGGAAUUUUAAUUUUCAAUUCUUAGUUGUAGUGAGUUGUUAAUUAUCCAACUCAACCUGAUUUGUUCUUGAAAAUUGUAAUGUUGAAUGUUCACUGUAAUGUAGCAGACAAGGGGUCUUUUAGUUUUAGUAGUGUUCAAGUGUGGGGUGGGUUUUUAUUUGUUUCUACACCUUCAUUGUUUACAUGCACAGCAUUAAGGCUCCCCAUCUCCUUUCAGAUCAGGCACAAAGUAUGCUAUUGAUUUCAUUCUGUUUGACUGAUUUCUCAAAGGCAGGUAAAAUGAGAUCUCGGAAACAAAUAUAUGGAGUAGUCUAGUCACUUUAAGGCCUUGUUUUAAAUAUGUCACUCGUAUUAAUUCAGUGUACUAGUGUCUGAGGAAACUAAUGGGGUCAAGAAAUUGGAACUGAGUGGAAGUCAACCUGCCUGAAUGUUUGUUUAUGACAUUUGUAAUUCAGUCUUUUCUGACAGUUCUGUAUUACAUUAUGCUGUUCCACUGACCGCCACCAGUGGAUACAUUUAUUUUUUCUUUUUGUAAAAUUAUUACUGAAUGUAUUUAUUUAUUUUUGUGGUCUUGCCAGUCUUGAUACCUACAUCCAUUCCUUUGCGCCAGCGAAAUUCUUUGCAUUUCUUUAUUUCUAUAUUUUUAAACUUUGAGCCUUUAAAUGGAUUUUUUUUUAUAAUGAUACCUGAUAUAAGCUGCUAUUAUGUAUCAUAGUACAUUUCAAUCUUAAGUGUUGUUUUUGCGAAAUUGAAAUGCAAACUACUUCCGCAGAGCAGCAUCAGUUUUUGGCUCUAUGAACACGAUGGUUAAAAACUGCUGUGAAUAGCCAAAUCAAAAUAUUAUGCAAUCUUUGGACGGAAAGUAAAGUGCUCUAGUGUAGCUUAGUCUUAGAUAUUACCAACAUUCACAUAUAUAACAGUUUUCUUCUCUAAUACAUGGAAUAUGGAAUGUUUCCUUGAUCUCAGCCAUUUCCAGCUUGAGGUUUUCCCCAUUUUUCAUAGUACUCACACACACACACUGAUCCCCACAGGUACGUUGAUGAACCAUUUUAUGUUCCUCCUGGUGGGCUUCAUGUUGUCUGAUGUUGUUCUGACUCAUUUCUAUUAUUAAUAUCAGUAAGUCCCAUGUUGCAGUUCUGAGCUCUAAGGCACUUCUGAGGCUACCAGCACCAUGUUAUUGAUUUGUGUGUAUUGAUUUUCUACCAGUCUUUAGGGGGCAGAUUCUGACAUGCCUCCCAGCUGUAUUGAUGAUUGGCAUCAAACCCCCUGUCGGAUUUCACGUAACAAUCAUUCCAUGACUGAUCGGAUUUGACCCCUUGAAGAAUGAGUUGGCGUGAAUUUACAUUCAGUGAUGACCUGUUCACAAUCAGCCAAGUUUGUCUGUAUUUCAUAACACAAUUUUAGCUAGACAGCCAAUCGCUUAAAAGCUCUCUCUUUUGCAGUUCAGUGUGGUCCAAUAUGUACAAAUAUGAUCAACAUGACAGGCCUGAUUUACUGUUAAGAGGCAUGGAAAUGUGAUUAUAAUGCCAUUGCUUCAGUAGGAAGACUUUCUCUUUAUUUCAAUGGUUAACAAAUCUACAUAUUAUAGUCCAACUAUUUCAGACUUGGCAGACUUGAAGUUGGUACGACUACAAAGACAUGAGAAACAUCAUUUUAUUUUAUUAUUUUUAUUAUUUGUGUAUU